AAAGCUUGUGCACUGCGCCACUCGUGGGCAGAUAUAUACACUCAGCCCUCUGUCUCUCCUUCUCCUCCUCCUCGCUCACAUUCUCUCUUCUCCUCCAUCAGGCAACAUCCUGCUCUCGCCUCCAUCUCCAGCAACCAUGUCCAGCACUGUAUCAGCCUACUCCGACAAGAUCAAAGAGAUGUCCAUGCUGUCUCUGAUCUGCUCCUGCUUCUACUCACAACCACACCCCAACAGCCUCUACCAAUAUGGAGACAUGGAGGUGAAGUCCCUGAACAAGCGGGCAUCCGGCCAGGCCUUCGAGAUCAUCCUGAAGGCCCCCGCUGACCUUUCUCCGGACAGGCCCCAGCCCCUGCUUUCUGCUCCCAAGAAGGACCUCUCCCCGGACGAGCUCCAGAAGAGGCUGGAAGCUGCGGAGGAGAGGAGGAAGUCUCAGGAGGCCCUGGUGCUGAAGCAGCUAGCUGAGAAGCGGGAGCACGAGCGACAGGUGCUCCACAAGGCUGUGGAGGAGAACAACAACUUCAGCAAGAUGGCCGAAGAGAAGCUUAACUACAAGAUGGAGGUCAACAAAGAGAACCGCGAGGCCCAGCUGAAUGCGCUGAAGCAGCGGCUCCGGGCGAAGGAAAUCCAUGCCGCUGAGGUCCGUAGAAACAAAGAGCUCCAAGCUGACCUCUGUGGUUGAAAACAUUUUCUACAGUUUUGUCAAGAGAUUCUCAUCUGAUGGGUUUUGGUUGGAGGAAAUGCUACUUUUUAAAAUCUCAAUGUCUCAAAGGCUCUUGCAUUGUUCAGUAUACACUGGUUUCACAAGCUAAAAAUGUACACAGAUUGUUUCUCAUCUCUGUGUGUAUUUUUUUUUUUAAACGACAAACAUUUUGAAAUGCGAUUCACAGUAGGUCAAAGGUCAGAUUUACUAAACCUUUGUACCUGUGUUAAGACUGCACCUGUGAGUUCAUACAAAGGAACAACAUGAAAACAAUUGAAAAGUUAUUUCUCUGACUUUUUUUUUUUUUAACCUUUUAAAAAAAAUAAUUAUGUUUGGUACUGUCCAGAAAAAUGACCAGUUAAUUUUUGCACUAGUGUAAAUGCUUGGAAAAUCUGUCUGUGUGUCAGACCUAAAAAGCUACUGUAAAAGUGUGGCGUAUGGUGAAAUAUUUGAUUGUUUUGGCACAUGGGGCAGGCGAGAAGAGCUGGUGUGUGUGUGUACAUCUUUACUGUUUGUUUCUGUGUUGGGGAUGUUGGGGAUUUUGUACAGAUGCUAGUUUUAUGUGUGUUCAUGCACACCUUUUCAGAAGGGUGUGUGUGCGCCUACGUCAGAGAGAAAGGCUGUGAGUCGAUUCAAAACAUAGCAGUUCAAUAGGUAAUGUUCAAUUCUCACAGGAAGUCAAUGUCUACACUGCAUCUGUACUGGGAGUGAAUUUGUUCCACAUAUUUCCAAACUGUCAUUAUCUUGAAAAAUGAGCUUGAGGUCAUAACACAAUCCCUAAUUCUAUUGCAUAAGGUACUUUAUGACAUGGGAGCAGAGCCACGCUAAAUGGACUCAAGAGUUGCCCCUGUGCUAGAGGCUUGCUCAGACCUCGUGAAACGGGAUAAUAUACCAUAUUCAGCACAAUCUACAGGCAAACACACUAACCUGGCCAUUCAUCAUGUAUAGUGACACCCAUUGUCAGUUUGUGCAGCUGUCUUCAAUCAAACUUGUAAAGUUAAUCAAUUGAGUGUAUAAAAUGGAGCAUAGUCACAUUUAGGCCUCAGUUCAAUAAAGUUCAGUAUUCACGUUGCUGUAGGUCAGGAAAUGAAUUAGGUUACGACACAUAUGUUUAAUUUGCUUGAAGAGUGGCUUUCGUUCUCGCUUCAGUUUCAUUUCCGAGCUACUGAAAUCUUCCACACAGUCUGUUUAUUUCUGAGAGUCACUCACUUGUGACUGUUGAGUAAGUGCCACUGUAGGGGACUACAUUGAGUAAAAAGAUGACUCCACGACAGAAUGCCGUAGUUAGUUUGCAGUGAGUUAGAGUCAAUGUGACAGAACUAGUUUUAUGCAAAUCAUAUGCAAAUAAGAAGGUUUAUGAUGUGAAGUUUGGCAUGCGAUGUAGAGGUAUCAAAUGCUGACAUAGCCUGAAUGUAUUACCAGACACACUUGCCCUUCUAGCAGCAUAUAGGCAGGCCUAGGUUACUCGUGCCAGGUUUCCCUAUACAGUAUUAUACAGGGAUAAUGCUGGGAUAAUGCUGCUAAGCUUCAGUGGGGUUGCACUAGGACACACAGUGGGGUUAUGCUAGGAUACAAUCCCGUUAUGCUGGUGCUUGACUUGGUUGGUUGUCGCCUUGCCUUAAGUAACCUUGACAUCGUGCCAACUACUGUUUUAAUUAUCUUUGUCUAAGAUGGGUCCACCAGUCCAUUAUGCUUACAUACACACAGUCUCUGCACAUACGACUCUAUGUGAAUAACUCAACAAUAGCUCACCUUUGAUACAAGGUCAGCCGUUGUGGCUUGCAUAUAAAGUCUGAUAAACUAUAAUAAAGUUGGGGAUAACUUAUUUUUUUAAUUUACAUUCGUGACAUUUAAUCAUUUACAUAUGUAUUGUUUACAAUGGUAGUAAAAUAUGUCACAUGAGAUCUGAUGAUAUAGCUUUCACACAUCUUUGAAAAAUCUAGCCUGGUAAAAAAUGAUGCUUCAGAAUGAAUUUCACUGGAUCAAUAAAACCUUCAUGGCACGUUCAAA